AUGGCGGCGAACAUGAGCUUCAUCGACGAGGACCUGGACGAGUCUGAGAUUGGCGGCAAUCUGACUUGGUACCCCCCAGCAGAUACCAGCGAGGUAUCAGACUAUUUGGUGUACCUGGCCGAAGAUCCAGCUGGCAGAAAUCGGUCUUUGGUUGGCGUCGUUGAAGUUGGGACACAUGACUUUGCCGUUCCACCGGACACGCCUCUUCUUUCCUUCACGCACCUGACCAUCUUCGCGAGGUCAGAGCUUGUGGAGCAAACGACGCCCAUGGCCCUUCCCAUCGUUGAUUCUGUGAGCAGCGUUUCCAACGUGAGUUUCACGGACCUGGACCUCGAUGCAGGUGACCUGGGCGGCAGCCUGGAGUGGUCGCUCCCGUCAAGCGACAUCGAGUUGGUGGAGUCGUACUACGUGUACUUUGCCGCGAGCGACACUGGGUAUGGCAGGAAGCUGUUUUCGGUGGUUGAUCCCUCCGCUGCCUUGCAGGAGAUCCUGGGGGAUACAAAGAUCGAAUCCUUCACGCAUCUGCUGGUGUACACCAAAUCGCCGUUGGUUGAACAGACAACUCCUGCGUCUGCGGCUAUCUCAGAUUCCGCAGUGACUGCCUUGAAUCUCAGUUUCUCUGACUUCGACUUGGACCAAGAGGAUCUGGGAGGGAACCUGACGUGGACGGAGCCGGAGGACUUGCAGUACGUGGACGUUUAUCGGGCUCCCCUCUUGCAGCUGCGAAACGUCUACAUGGCAAUCGCAGAAGACACCUCUGACAACGGCACAGACCCGGUGCUGGGCGGCGGCAGUGGGCUUGAGAUCGUCGAGCGCGUGCUGUUUGCUUCCAUCCCUGUUGGCACGACAGAGCUGGUGGUUCCUCCAGAGACGCCAUUGGCCAGCAAUUCAAGCCGCAUCUUCACCCAUUUUCUCAUCUAUGGCCAGUCCAGCCUUGCCGAGCAGAGCACCCCAGCAAGUUUGUUGAUUGAAGAUUUGGCCGCGAGCGCUUCGGCGGUGAACUUCACCGAUGAGGAUCUGGACGAAGGCGAGCUCGGUGGUAACGUCACGUGGGUCGAGCCCGAGGAAGACCGGGGUCGGCUGCAGUGGUACCGUCUCUAUCUGCAAGACCCAGAUGGGCUCACGCGUCGCCAGGUCGAGGAGGACGUUGCUGCUGGCCAAAGCUCUGCCGGAAUUUUAGCCGAAACAAAACAAGAUGGCUUUAGCCAUCUGGCCGUCUACACCGUGAGCAUGCUUGCAGAGCAGACGACACCGGCAAGCCUUGCCAUUCUUGACACGGUUGCACGACCCUCCAACUUGACUUUUUUUGAUCUCGACCUUGACCUGGGCCAUCUUGGAGGCAACCUGACCUGGCAAGAGCCCGCGGACAUGAGCCAGGUCACCCACUAUGUGGGGAGCUCGGUCCUUCUGUGUCAGUGGAAGGUGGCGUACUUCGCGGAGGUGCUCAGUGAGAAUGCAGCCCGGCCUAUAGCGCAGGCUGACAAGAGCCCUUCCCCGGUGCCGAUGCGAUGGCUCUGCUUGUGGCUGGAAUUCCUUUCGGCCAUGAGAGGGCCUGCUGUUGCAGCCCUUAGUUCAGGCGAGAGUUUCCCCAAUCCCCAAUCUGGUUUCACGGCAAACUUCCAUUGUCAAAUGGUGAGUGGAUGUCUGUUCUUGGAGUUCGAUACGGAGCCGCGUGCAUCGCGAUGUGCUGAGGAGACAGCGUGCGUGGUGCUGGGGAGUGUGGUGGCUCUCCUGACAGGCGACUUUGUUUUCGACCUCGACGGCGCGUCAGAGGCACAGGUAGAGGAGGCAGCACGGCAGGCGCUGGCAUCUACUUUGGAUGUAGAAGCCUGGCGUAAUCAGUUCCGAGUUUGGUGCCACGUGCAGAGCUGUGGGUUCGACUCAUGGGAGUUUGGUGGCACAGAGUCUGUGGAUUCCGAGCUUUUCAGCAAGGAUUUUGUGGUUGUAAACUUCGAACUCAGAUCCGUCUUGCUGCAGUGCAGCCAGAGUGCCUCGCCUAGCGAUGCACGUGCUCAAGAACCUGACGUGUUUUUUCCAUGCCCCUGGAUUAUGCUGUGGGGAAUCGUAGACAGUUCUUUGACUGGGCCUGCGAACACACAGCCGUGGUAA